AUGGAGGAACUACAAGCUAAACACCGCAAGGAACAAAAAGAUCUCCAGGCUCGAAUCACUCAGAAGAAGAAGUCCGCCACGAAGAAGACUCGCAAAGGAGUUAACGAUGAUUGCGAGAGGCUCCAAAGAGAGCUCUCUGAGCGGCAACAAGCUGAGAUCGCGCAACUAAACGGCGAAUCAGACCAGCCUGUGGAUGGCAUCGAAGACCUGAGUUUGAACGAAUCAAGCGAAGGGGACCGAAACACUGAUGAGGCUGGUGACUCGCCCGAUCAGCAAAAUGCAGAUACCCCGUCGGAGACCACGACAUCAUCGCCUCAAAGCUCUACCCCCGCUACCCCGCAGCCCUCCGGUCCUCGUCCCAAGAAGCCCAAUCGUCAGAAGGCCAGAUUAGCACGUCGUGCCGCGGAACAAGCAGCGCAAUCGGCGAUUGCUGCGGAGGAGGCUGCAAACCAGACCGAUCAUCGUGGAAAUGAGAAAGAGGUCAUGGAGGGCGUGUUCAAGCGCUUACAGUUGAAGGAGGUUGACAUAAACCCAGAUGGACACUGUCUGUUCUCUGCCAUCGCAUGCCAAUUGGACGAGCAAGGCAUCGGUCUGAAACCCGACCCGAAGAGGAUGAUCCUUCAGCCUCCAACUCAGUCUCGCAUUGAUACCGUGGCUUCGCCUAAACAUGACGGGUAUCGGGCGGUUAGAGCUGUGGCGGCAGACUUCAUCAGCGAUCACCAGGACGACUUUGCACCAUUCAUGGAGGAGCCUUUGGACCAAUAUACUAGGAAAGUCAAACUGACAGCCGAAUGGGGCGGACAACUGGAAUUGCAAGCGAUUGCCAGGGCAUAUGGCGUCGAGAUCAAUGUCAUCCAAGGCGAUGGGAGAAUCGAAAAGAUUGAACCGGGUGAUGUCGAAGAGCCAGGCGACGAAGAGGGAAGCAAGCGGGUCAUCUGGUUGGCUUACUACAGACACACAUACGGACUCGGGGAGCAUUACAACGCACUCUCCAAACAUACAUAG